AUGCAUAAAACCCGAAGGAUCGUGUCCGCGGCGCCUUCCACGGCGACUCUCGGGACCGCUUCAGCCGCUUCAUCGACGACUCCCGGACGUUCCUCGGGGCUGUCAUCGUCGUCUCAAGCCGAGUCAGUUUCUGCCUUAGGCACCAAACCACGCCGUCUGAGGCCGACCGAUUCGACGACACCACUCUUGGCAGAGGACUUUGACGACGACGACGACGACGACGACGACGACGACGACGACGACGAUAUGACUGACAAAAAUGACGAAAUUACGGCCACGGCUUCUGAGGCCGAAGAGUGGCAGGAUAGAGAGGGUGAUCUUGAUUCUGCGUUGGCCAAGAAAGUUUUGAGGAAGAUUGAUAUGCGGUUGAUACCACUACUGUUUGUUACCUACAACUUAAAUUUCAUGGACAAAACCAUCCUCUCAAGCGCGUCUGUGUUUGGCUUGAAGGAUUCCACGAAUCUUCACGGUACACAAUAUAGCUGGGUGUCUUCGGUGUUCUAUUUCGGCUAUCUGUUUUGGUCGUACCCGACCUCUAUUCUAAUCCAGCGUCUUCCAAUUGGAAAAUAUGUGGCCAUCAACACAUUCUUCUGGGGAACCGUGGUCGCCCUGACCGCUGCGUGCACGAAUUACGGAGGUCUGAUAACGGUGCGAUUUCUUCUCGGCGUAGCAGAAGCCACCAUCUCCCCGGCUUUCCUCUACAUCACGUCGUCAUGGUUCACGCGGUCUGAAAUCCCCACUCGCGUUGGCAUCUGGUUCGCGGGAAACUCGCUCGGCGGCGUCUUCGCUAGCUUCAUCGCCUACGGAAUCGGCCACAUCUCGCAUCCACUCGAGCCAUGGCAAUGGCUCUUCAUUGUCCUCGGUAUUGCGACCUUCGUCUGGGGCCUUCCUCUCUACUUCCUGCUCCCGGACUCUAUCUCCUCGGCCAAAUUCCUCACCGCUGAAGAGAAGCGUUGCGCCGAGCAGCGCGUCGCAGUGGCCGGCACGGGCAAAGCGAAGCACGUGUGGCAGCCCUCUCAGCUACUAGAAUGCCUGAUGGACCCGAAAACCUACUUCUUCUUCGCCAUCUCGCUGCUCACGCAGAUCCCGAACGGCGGAACGCAAAACUUCGGCAACCUGGUCCUCAAAGGCUUCGGCUUCACGUCCCUCCAAACGACGCUCGUCACGCUGCCGUCGUCCUUCAUCGCCUUCUUCACCAUCAUGGGCACGGGCCGGCUCGCGGGCCGCUUCCCCAACGUCGCGACGUACCUGAUUGUCGCCGUCGUGCUGUGCCCCGUCACGGGCUCGGCCAUCAUCUACAGCAGCGGCGUGUCGCGCGGCGUCAAGCUGUUCGCGUACUACCUGCUGUCGACGGGGCCCGGCGCCCUCCCGCUCGCCAUGAGCCUGGUCGGCGUCAACUACAAGGGCAGCACCAAGAAGAUGAGCAUGACGGCCAUCCUGUUCUGCGCCUACUGCGCGGGUAAUAUUGCUGGCCCGCAUUUCUUCGUCGAGAGCGAGGCGCCACACUACCUGACGGCGUUCAGGGCCAUCAUGAUUUGCUACGCGCUGGUUGUGGUCAUGGCCAUGGGACUGCGGGCGUACCUGACUUUCGAGAACAAGAGGAGGGAUCGGAAGGAGGGGGUGGUCAAGGGGGAUGGAGGGGCUGGGGAGGUGGUGGAUGCGGAAGGGGAGGAUGAGGAGCUGACGGAUUGGAAGACCAAGGGAUUUAGGUACCGGAUGUGA